AUGAAUUCCGCUGCUAGAAAGCUCCAACUACAAACCGUCGUAAAGUCGGUACUUUCGCUUCGUCCACAGGGGACCGGCGCACCGCCAAGUCUCAAAGCUAGCGUGCACCAGCUUCUACAUGCUCCGUCGGACACAGACCACAUUGACCAGCUCAUUACUACUAUUAAGGAUGCCACUGUAGAGGGCCGUGAAGACCAGCUUAUGUAUGAGCUUGACAAGUUCUCUAACGAACGGGAAACUGAAAUUGAGCGCUUGUGCAAUAACAAUCACCAGGACUUUGUCUCCUCCGUCAACCAGCUACUGAAUGUCAGGAAGGGAACUGUAGAUUUGACGGAGGAGAUACUGAAGCUAAACCAAUCGAUCCAAGGGUCUACGGAGAAGCUAGUGGAGCAGAAGAAAGCCUUGGUGGACUCGCGAGAUGUUAGACAAAACAUUGACGAAGCGACACAGGCUUUACGGCUUUGCUUGGAGGUGCUAGGGCUGGCGAAUCGUGUUGGCGACCUCUUGAGGGCAAAGAAGCACUAUGCAGCUUUGCGAACGCUAGACGAGCUACAGAAUGUGCACCUCAAAGAGGUGAUGCAAUAUGAAGUUGCCGACAUGAUCCGGAAGUCCGUCCCAGCGAUGCAAGGAAUGGUCAAAGAAGCGGUCAUGACGGAUCUCAACAGCUGGCUUUACAGGAUCCGUGAGAGUUCUGUGCUCUUAGGGCAGAUAGCAUUUGAUCAGACUGAGCUCCGCCGACGCCGACAAAAGGACCGGAUCGAGAAGUCGCCGUAUUUGCGAUCCUUCAAGCUCAACUCCGCGAUUGAACUGGUGCUUGAUGAACGGGAAGAGUUCGAUGUACUUGAUAAUGAAAAUGUCAACAUUGACUUUACACCAUUAUUCGAGUGUCUUCACAUUCAUGAAGCUCUCGGAGAGAGAGACGAGUUCAGAGUCACAUAUGCGAACGUGAGACGGCAGCAGAAAGAGCUACUUCUAUCGGGGUCUUUGAACUUCAUGAAUGAAGAUAUAUCCGGCUUGAACCGGCUUUUGGAAGACAUAGCUGGUUUUGCUAUUGUCGAGAGAGAAACAAUGAAAAAGACAAUAAGCUUCCGAUCGGCUGUAGAUGUUGACGAACUAUGGGACUCAAUGUGCAAAAAAGCCAUCAAUAUCAUCUCACCAGCCCUGGAAAAUAUUACUGAUGCCGAUAAUCUUCUCAAAGUCAAAAAUGUCCUCGCAUUAUUUAUACAAACCAUGGACAGCUGGGGAUAUUCUGUAGAAGCGCUUGAUCAGUUCCUACUAGUGCUCUUUGAGAAAUACUCGGAACGCCUAAAAAAGGAAUUCAGUGCCGGCUUUAAAGAAAUUGUCACCAGUGAUGACUACAUGCCAAUGCCGGUCAACACCCCUGAGGAAUAUGCCAAUGUUGUCAACGUGAGUUGGUAUAAGCCUGAAAAAGAAAAGGAGGAGAUAGAGUUCCCCAUUGUGCUACCGUUCUCGCAAAUGUAUCCACUGUGCUGUAUCGACAUACGUAACUUCCUGAACAAGUAUUACUUCUUCUCCGAUGAGUACUUCACACACCAAAGCGCAAUCGACGAGGAACUCAAAAACUCAUUAGAUGAGCUCCUAUGUAACGUAGUUUGUACUGCCCUUGUGGAGCGCCUCGGCUCCAAAUACCUUGGCCAAAUUGUGCAAAUCCUCAUCAACCUCGAACAAUUCGAGUACGCUUGCCAGGAGCUUGAGGUGCUCCUCGUGGAGGCACGACAGUCCAACCAUGGCGGCGAAAUCUCGCUCAAGGCUACUGAGCAGUUCCGCGCCGAGAAAAAGACCGCCGAGAAGCGUAUCUUCGAGUUAGUCAACAGCAAGAUUGACGAUCUUGUGGAGACUGCAGAGUAUAACUGGAUGGCAACUAAAAAGCAGGGACAGCCCAGCGAGUACUUGCAGCAGAUGACGCUGUUUUUGGGUAAUAUCAUGAGCUCAACACUGCUAGGCUUACCCAAGGAUAUCAAAGGGUUGAUCUACUUUGAUGCUCUAUCCCAUAUCGCUACUUCAAUUUUGGCCCUACCACUUGCCGACUCCGUCAAGAAAAUCACCAAAAUUGCUGUCGCAGACCUAGACCUAGACGCACGUUAUCUCCAGGACUUUGUCGCCAGCCUCAACGAGCCGCUUCUCCUGCAGAUCUUCGAGGAGCUACGACAGACGAUCGAUCUUCUUCAGAGCGAUAAUGCAGAUGAAUUCUAUAGCAUUGACACUAGGAUGAGGAAGUACUCUAAUGUCAACCCAAUGAACGGACCUAUAUUGCUGGAGAAACUGGUGGUCCCAUCUGCUGCAAAGACGGGGUUGGCGAGAUUCAGAUAG